AUCAGUGGCUCCUCCCCAACAAAGACAGUCGUGCCUCUGCAGCCGGAUUCACCUGUGAAAUCUGGUCCAGCAACAGCAGUCAGUUGCACCACCAGGGGCAAAAACCUGAGCAAGCAGGACAAGGGAAGACUUAUCAAAGAACUGAGCUCCAUUGGACACCAUGGCCUCCACUCUCUCCGUGCGCAGCUACUCUGUGCGUCAGCCCUCCUUCUCCAGCAUGUCUGUGAGGGACAGCGGACGCAGCUUCCGGCCCAAACCCUCCGUCUCCCCGCUGUCCACCGGCGGCACGUUGUCCCUGUCCCGCUCCUUCUCUGUGGGCAACGGCCUCAACAUGCUGGCCACCAACCUCUCCUACAACGGCCUCGGCGUCGGCACCAGCGAGAAGGAGACCAUGCAGGGCCUGAACGACCGGCUGGCCAACUACCUGGACAAGGUUCGGUCGCUGGAGAGGUCCAACGCUGAGCUGGAGGUCCAGAUCAAGCAGCUGAUGCUGGAGAGAGCGCCGAAGGGACACGACAUCGAGGGCAUGAUGGCACAGGCGCAUGCCAUCGGACAGGAGGUCAGGAAGAAGACGCUGGAGAACGCCCGCAUUAUGCUGGAGAUUGAUAACGCCAAGCUGGCAGCCGACGACUUUAGGGUCAAAUGGGAGGCGGAGGCCACCUUGUGCCAGUCGGUAGAGAGGGAUUGUCAGGCUCUGAGGAGAGCGAAGUCGGACCAUGACCAGAUUAUCGCCACUCUGCGAGGAGACCUGGACAGCCUGAAGGAGGAACUCUACUUCCUCAAGAAGAAUCAUGACGAGGAGAUGAGCUCGGUGAAGCUGCGUCUGGCCAAUGAGCAGGUGAACGUGGAGGUGGAUGCAGCUCAGGGUCCUGAUCUGGGGGCCAUCCUGGCUGAGCUCAGGGUCCAGUAUGAGGGCAUCGCUCGCAAGAACAAGGAGGAGGCUGAGGCCUGGUACCUCAAGAAGCUGGAGGCAGUUCAGUCGGAGGUCAAAGAAAGCAAUGAGGCUUUGCGUUGUGCUCAAAGUGAGCUCAGUGAGAGGCGACGUUUCCUGCAGGCUCUGGAGGUCGAACUCGACAGUCUUCGCAAACAGGUCGCCGUGUUGGAGGGAAACCUGGGAGAAACGGGACACAAGUACUCUGUGGAGAUGGACCGUCUUCAGGCCACGCUGACGCAGCUGGAGGACGAGUUAUCUCAGCUGCGUCUCGACAUGCAGCGCAACAAGACCGACUACGAGCAGCUGCUGCGCAUCAAGCAGAACCUGGAGAUGGAGAUCGCCACCUACAGGAGGCUGCUGGAAGGAGAAGAAACGGUGAAAGAAACACCUCUGCCUCCUAAAAAAGACCCUGAAGUGAGGACCAGGAAGAUCGUAAAAGUCGUCACCCAGACAAUGAUCAACGGCAAAGUGGUCGACGAGUCUAGUGAGGUGGAGCAGAUCGAGGAGCGCAAAAAAUGAGCCAAAGAGUGUUGAGACGAAGCAGCAGUUAAAUCCAAAGUGCUUGCUGACUGGAUCAAAUUAACUUCUAUCUUAUUUAGUCUUCACGUUUUAAUUCCUCUGUCUUGUCAAAAAUAUACUAAAAAACGAAUUGGAUAUUAAAUAUACAGUCCAGUUUAACCGUCUUCACUACAUACAUUUACUCUGUACUGUACCUUACCACAGUUUUGAGGUAUUUAUACUUUACUAGAGUGUUUCAUGGUUCUGCUGCUGCUCAGUUCUUCUUAUUCCACUAUAUUUUGCAGGUUACAGUUUUACAUGAUCAAUGUGAUGCACUGUUCUUUUCAGUCUUUAACUGAACCUCUAAAGUCUUAAUUUCUUAAAAGAGACAAAUAGCAAUAAAAAAUCUGACAUUUC